UGCAGUCGGAAGCCCACAGUGAAAGGGAACCACGGUUCACGUUGACUGAAAAUCCCAUUCAGAAUAACAUGCAACCGCCAGUACGUGCAAAAUGUGGGUUCGAAAAACCAGAUGACCGCAGGUCGGUGCCGCACUACGUCCGUGACAUUGGGUCACAAUAAGUAGUAUUUUUUCAUAACCUGCGUGCAGCGUGUAAACUCUAAAAUUGUUUUUGAAUUUGCAUUGUCGGAAAGUCCUGGGCAGAGGAGCAGCCGGGACUUAGAAUCCCCGGAUACUGGUUUUGGAGAGCCAAUGUUAACCUCUUUAGUGCCUUUGAUAAUUAUCUCUUUGCUUGGAGACUGACGUCUUGGGAUGUGGUCAACUCGAAUCUCAGGCGCGAAAGAAUAAAAGGCGGCACCUGGCGCGAACUCAGGACACUCGAUCCCUCUCCGCGCUCAAGUCAAUUACUCAGUCAGUCGGAGGCCGACUUUCUACACAAGAGCACGCACGCCGGCUCUGUAAUUUAUUAUUAUUUUUUAUGCUUGGUGUUAUUUUUACGAGUGCCGGAGACGGAAUAGCUAAUAAGAUGAUCAGCCUGCAGCUUGUUUUUCUUGUCGCUAUGCUGAGUCCACAAGCGCUUCACGGCCGGCCCCACGAUCGCGAAUUCCGCGGCUGCAACAUGACUCUAGCCGAUGAUUUAAUGAUUGAAGAAAGGUCAAGUCGACCUGAUUACCCUGAUCCUGCGCAGAAGUCUGCAGAUAAGGAGCCAUCUUCACGUGUUAUUUUCCCUGGACCCAUAAAAACCACUCCUUCAUUUGCCAACAGUGGAAUUAUUUCAUCUAGGACGACAGUAUUUCUGCCAAAUGUGCCACCAAUGGAAAGAGGUCCAAGUUGCGCUGAUGGCUCAACAUUUUGCGAGGAACCUGAUAAUUAUCCUAAGGAAUAUAUUUCCAAUCUGCUAAAACAAGAUAAGAUGGUCAAAGGCCUUUUUGGACAGGAUGAUUUGUCGUCCAUAAUUUUGGCUCAGAGAAUCGACUCGUCCGACGAGCAGCCUCUUUGUCCAUCGCAGGAACACGUGGCCUACCCAAAGACGGCGCAGAAUAAAGACGACAAGUGGCUUUACAUUAUCAACCAGGAGGACUUCGUCCAAGGCAUUCGAGUCGAAAAAUGCAUUAAUAAAGAGACUCGUUGUUUAUUGAGCGAAAAUCUGCCUAACGGCUACGUGACGACCUGCAAACAGAAGUACAUCUACAGGAAGCUCGUGUCCCUAAACGACGAAGGAAGGGCACUCACCGAUUCUUUCAAGAUCCCAUCGUGUUGCGCUUGUCACUACCGCAUGACCAGUAUUGCUAGCAGAAUGGGCGUUCAAGAAAAAAUUACUCCUGUCGUCAUUGAAUCGAGAAUUGGACAGAAGGAUAUAGUACCAGCUGCAGUUACUUCUGCCCAAACCUCUAGAUCGAAAACGGCGAAAUCGUAGUGAAGCAUUUGCAGUUUACUAAUCCAAAAUUUGGAUUCCAAAGACACAAAAUCUAAAAGAUCUCGGUUUUAUAUAUAAUUAAAUUGUAAUUAAUACUAUAUUAUAAAUAAUAUAAUUAUGUAAUUAAUAAAUAAGCAAAAAUUGUAGAUGAAAUAAGGAGGCGUAGAGUUUUGUGGACGAGUCUUUAUUGCGUAUCUGUUUUACAUCUCGUUGGCUCACAAAAAUCACAUGUUUUUACACCUGUACAUACAUAUGUAAAGCUCUAAACGCAAGAGAAUUAAGCUAUUUUUUUGUAAUUUAUUUUUUUAACGCAAAGAGCGUCAUCAUGGAAGCUCAAAACUGUACUACUGUCGGCAAUAAACAAACAACUUCUCAACUAAAAGCUACUAUUUAUUUUAAUUUAAAUGAUUGCGCUUAAUUAACCUGUGGUAAACGCGAGGUUGUAUAUAAAGUUCCAUAAUUCACAUUGCAGAGUGAGACGCGGUAGAAAUGAUAAAUAUAUAUUCAAUCCUUUACAAACGUACAAAUAGGAAGAACUGGAUAAUUUUCACGUUGCAAAAUUCAAGUGAACAAGGGCUUUUUAUUAAAAGUAACCGGACGAUAGUAAUCUUGUUGUUUGCCCCAACCCCUAGCUGCCGUGUUAUAAUUAU